UCCAAUACUCAAGCCUAUAGAUUAGUUCUUGACAUAACUGAUAAGAUCAAAAGCCGUAAUAAGAAAAUACGCAUAGCUGAUGCUUCCCCUGCUGGUUGGGGAACCGUUAGGGAAUACGAAUCCAAUGCCGUGGCUUCAGAUUCUGAAGAUGAGAGAAAGAUACGACAAGCUGAGACCAGAGCUAUCCGUACCUCCAAGGAGAAGUCAAAAUCUCGCCAGCAACCUUACCCAAAAAAUCCGCCUCGUCAACAACCUGCGGAAUCUUAUGGUAACCCUGCUUACGCUCAGCAUUAUCAACGUAAUCAGCAACAGCCCUUUCGUGGGAGCUUCGCAAGGCGUGAGCCUUGCUCAAUCGACACGUGCCACUACUGCAAGCAACAAGGCCACUGGAGAAAAAACUGUCCUCUUCUCGCCAGUCUCAGGUCAUCCAACAGCAACUCCACAACCUACCAGAAGUAGUAAAGUAGGGCCUGAACGUCACUCUCCAGUCAUUGUGAAUGAUAAGUAUUUAGACACUAUUAAUGACCAAUUUUCUACAUGUUUUGUUGAUAACGAUUAUAUAGAAUCUUUUUUAGAUCAAGUUCAAUAUUUUGAAAAUUGUCAGUCAUAUGAUAAAUUUAAAGGGGUGAAAGGUAGAUUAGCUUGUCAUGUAAAGUAUUGGGAAAAUAUAGGUGCUUGUCCUUUUGUGCUUGAUACAAUAAAAAAUGGUUAUGUUAUUCCAUUUAUAGAUACACCUUUUAAAAUGUACCACAGAAAUAAUAGAUCAGCACGGCAGAAUACUGAAUUUGUCACAAAGUCAAUUGAAGAUUUAGUUCAAAUAGGUUGCGUAAUUAAAGUGCCUUUUCAACCAUAUGUGGUAAAUCCAUUGAGUGUUGCUACUCAAAAGUCCGAUAUUUUUUCAGUAGGACAUUGGUCAGACUUUAAUUCACAAGUUGCCUCUAAUAAUGAUCUCAGCAGUUUGUUCAAACAGUUACCAGAAUUCCUUCUUUCGUCCAAGGCUGCGAGUACUCAGAAGAAAUAUAGAUAUGCCUUCAAUUCAUGGUGUAAGUGGACUAGUCAAUAUUCUUUUUCACCAUUGCCAGCAUCUCAUUUACAUAUUUCUUUAUAUUUAAUUCAUUUGUCUGAAACUGCAAAAUCGGUUUCAAAAUUAAAUGAUGCUUUUUACGCCAUAAAAUGGGCACAUAAAUUAGCUGGCGUUGCUGAUCCCAGUGAAAAUAAUCUAGUUGCAUCUGUUCUUGAAGGGGCUCAUAGAAAAAUAGGUCAUUCAGUUGUCAAAAAAGAACCUAUCACACCGCAUAUUUUGAAAAAUAUUGUAUGUAAAUAUGCUAAUAAUACUUGUAAUUUAAAAGAUGUAAGAAUAGCAUGUAUGUGUUUAUUAGCCUAUGCUGGCUUUUUAAGAUUCUCCGAGUUAGCUAACUUGAGAAGGUCUGAUAUACAGUUUUCCCCUACUUACCUUACACUUCAUUUAGUCAAGAGUAAAACUGAUGUAUAUAGGGAAGGGAAAGAUGUUGUCAUUUCAAAAACAGGGAAUAUUACAUGCCCGGUAGAUGUACUUCAGCGUUAUCUAAAGUUAGCUAACAUUCCUGAAGAAUCGAAUGAUUUUAUUUUUAGAUCUAUUUGUUAUUGUAAAUCUUUGAAUAUAUACAAACUUAGAAAGAGUAGUCAUAUUUCUUACACCAGAGCCAGAGAGUUAUUGUUAUCUGCACUUGACAGUUUAGGUCUUGAUAAAAAACAGUUUGGCUUACAUAGUUUGAGGUCAGGAGGAGCUACUGCCGCGGCAGAAGCUGGAAUAGAUGACCGGUUGUUUAAGAAACACGGGAGAUGGAAAAGUGAUAAAGCCAAAGAUGGUUAUGUUAAAGAGAGUAUACUCAACAGAUUGUCAGUAUCUAAGAAUUUAGGAUUGUAAUUUAUAUUGUUUGUCCCCCCUUUUUCUUUAUGUCCCUUUCUUUAUCAAUCGAAGCUUUCUGUGCUGUCGGGGCGAGCUGAUAACCAAAAACUGUGUUGAGUUUUUACUUUGUAAAUGCUUUAUGUUCGUUUGAAGUAUUGAAUAAGAACAUAAAUGUAUUUAUAAAGGUUACUCGGGAACACGUGUAUUUGUUUACUUUUAACACGUGUGUUUAAAUCAAAACAUGUUUAUGUUUAAUUUGAUUGGACCAUCAGUAAGUUAUUACCGGUUUAAGUUAUAUCAAUCAUGAUAACUUCAUGCUAGAAUUUUAGCGCUAAAAUUAUAAUAAGAUAUCUAGAAUUGUCAUUCGAGGUUCGCCUAUCCGACAGAAAGGUUCGUUUUCCCACCCACCCACCCCUUUUAUUAAGACUUCAUAGGAAUGUGAAUCAGUAUGUUAUGUAGAAAAUAGUUGAUAAAAUACAUGUAUGUAAAUC